AUGAAGGAGUCUGGCCGCAUUCACGUCACUAUGACCACUGGAGAGUACGAGCUAUUCAAGGAGGCCAAAAGGUUGGCAGCCUCUGAGAGACAGGAGUCCCUCCCUGUUUCAGAUCGGGGUUCCAAAAGAAAGCAGCCUGAGGUAUUUCCUCAACAUCCUUAUCGUGAGUCUGGCAUAGGAUAUUAUCAGCCAGAGCCCCAAGCACAAAGCCUUAAGAAGGAGCAACCUCAAGCAUCUGUGGCUGAGAGUUCACAGUUGCGGGAUUCGAAGAAGGGAAAGGCCCUUGUCAUACCUGAAGUGUUCCCCGAAGAUCCAGACGAGAAAGUACCUUUCUCGGCCAGGAUUCUAAAUGAAAGAUUGCCUAAAGGUUAUAGAGCCCCGUCGAUCAGAGAAUAUGACGGGAGCAAGGAUUCGGAAGAGCACUUGCGAAAAUUCAAAAACGCAGCCCUGCUGCACCAAUAUAGCGAUGCUGUCAAAUGCAGAGUUUUCCUGAAUACUUUAUAUGGUUCAAUCUUAAAAUGGUUCGAUGGGUUGCCUCAAGGGUCCAUCGCCUGUUUUCUGGACUUCAAAACGGCUUUUCUGUGCCGAUUUGCUAGCAGUAAGAAAUAUCAGAAGACAGAUCAUUGCCUUUUCACUCUAAAGCAGGGGCCAAUUGAGCCCCUGAGAAAGAUCUCAUCAAAAAUCUCGCUCGAAAUUUUGAUGAGAUGGUGGGAAAAGUUACUUCCUACAUCAAGGUGGAAGAAGCACAAGCAGCUCGAAGGAAGGCCGAAAGACCACUUCCUUCCAUCAACAAGCAAGAGAGAAGAGCGCCUCAACCACCCCCUCAACCUCUACCGCGAGUCCGGGAAGCCAGACCUGCCUUUCAUCCCGGGCCAGAAAUUCGACCUGCCCCUCGAGUUGCUGCUGUACAUAUCCCCCGACCAGGGUCAGGGAUUCGCUCGAGACUCCAAACGGGCUGCCGAGAUGGGGUUGCCUCAGCCUGAGCUAGCUCCUCAGUUGAUCAAGAUGAUGGAGGAACAAAGGGGGGCCGGACAGGUCAGACAACCUCGUCCCGACCUCGCCGGGCCUAGCACUCAUCAGCCUGGCCGGGGAAAAGAGCCCGAAGGAUCACGGGAGGUCGAGAACAGAGGCAAUGCAGUUGUCAGAGAGAUCAGCAUGAUCUCUGGAGGGCCGACUGACGGAGAUUCAGGGAGAGCACGUAAGUCUCAUGUUCGGCGAUUGGAGGUUCAUGCUGUCGGAUGCAGUCAGGAGCAAGCUGCUGGCCCUGUUCUUAGCUUCGGGCCAGCAGACCUGGAGGGUCUGGAGUUGCCUUAUGACGAUGCGCUCAUCAUCAAAGUCAUCAUUGCCAAUAGCCGAGUGGCUCGGGUUUUUGUCGAUACUGGGAGCUCGGUCAACAUUCUAUUCAGGACUGCAUUUGAAGAAAUGCAGAUUGGUGCCGCUGAACUUCAGCCAGUGGCUACAUCUUUAUAUGGAUUUACCGGCAAUGAAGUGAAGCCUAUGGGCCAGAUUAAGCUGGCUAUAUCUUUGGGCACCGAGCCACUGGUGCGCACAAGGAGGAGCACGUUUAUAGUAGUAGACUCCCCUUCUUCUUAUAAUGUUAUCCUAGGGAGGCCCGCCCUGCAUGAAUUUAGGGCUGCUGUCUCGACCUUUCACCAAAAAAUCAAGUUUCCUGUGGGCGAGCAGGUCGGGGAAGUUAGAGGAGAACAGAUGGUUUCUCGGUGGUGCUAUAUUGACAUGGUCCGAGUUGAAGCUCGGAAACAUCAAAGGAUGCAGGACGGAGGUGUUCAUGUCAUUCAAGAAGAGCCUCUUCCUAUAGCUGAGGAGCCCAUCCCUUGGGAAGAAGUACAACUACACGCUGAUCGACCUGAAAGUUUGACCCGGGUGGCGAGCGACCUUCCUUCUCCCCUCAAAGAAGAAUGA